AGCACAGGACUGAGCUAUGCAUGUGCUCUUGAAUCAUCUUCUCUCCUUGCAGAAGGCGUGAAGGCUUUGCUCUCCUGCAUCACCGACUCCUUCUCCUCCUCGGCAGGACGCGCACUGCCUCGCCCGGGGUGCUUUGGGGUCUUUUGGAGUACUUUGGGGUGUUUAUCCUGGAGAAGAGGAGGCUGAGGGGAGACCUUAUUACUCUCUACAACUCCCUAAAAGGAGGUUGUGGAGAGGAGGGAGCUGGGCUCUUCUCCCAGUGACAGGGGACAGGACAAGAGGGAAUGGCCUGAAGCUCCGUCAGGGGAGGGUCAGGUUGGAUAUCAGGAAAAGAUUCUUCACAGUAAGAGUCAUUGGGCACUGGAACAGCUGCCCAGGGAGGUGGUCGAGUCACCUUCCCUGGAGGUGUUUAAGGAACGGGUGGAUGAAGUGCUGAGGGACAUGGUUUAGGGAGUGUUAGGAAUGGUUGGACUCGAUGAUCCAGUGGGUCCCUUCCAACCUGGUGAUUCUGUGAUUCUGUUUCGGGGCGCUCGGCCGUGGUUUCGGGCACAAACACGGCUCAGGGCUGCGUUUCCUUCAGCCACCGCGCUGCCCGGCGUGGCUGUGUCGCGGCUGCAAACGCCCGCGGGGCUGCUGGAGCCCGACAGGAAUAAAACCUCCACGAAAAGAAGGGAGAAAUCCCCGCCGGGGCUUCGCUUCCUCGGGGCCUCCGGAACGCGCCCCCUGCGGCCUCGAACCUGCGGCCUCGAACCCGCGGCCCCAGCGCUGCGCGACCCGCCGGCCGCCAGGGGGCGGCAGCGCCUCCCGCCACGCGCGGCAGCGGCAACUUCCGGCUGGAAGCGCGUGGCGGCGACCAUGUCUCCGGACGAGGAUGUGCAGCGGCUCCUGAUCCAGUUCCGGGACGAGGCGGGAGAAUCUCUGGGCUCCCCGUUCGAUGUCCCGGUCACCAUCACCCCGGACAAGCUGCAGCUGGUCUGCAACGCCCUCCUGCAGAAGGAUGAGCCGGUGCCGCUCGCCUUCUUCGUCCACGAUGCCGAGAUCGUGGUGUCGCUGGAAAAGACCCUGUCGGGGCAGACGGUGGAGACGGAGAAGGUGCUGGACAUCAUCUACCAGCCGCAGGCGGUGUUCAGGGUGCGGGCGGUGACCCGCUGCACCAGCUCGCUGGAGGGACACACCGAGGCCGUCAUCUCCGUGGCCUUCAGCCCCACGGGAAAGUACCUGGCGAGCGGCUCUGGAGACACCACCGUCCGCUUCUGGGACCUCAACACGGAGACACCGCAUUUCACGGCCAAAGGUCACCGGCACUGGGUGCUCAGCAUCGCCUGGUCGCCCGACGGCAAGAAGCUGGCCUCGGGCUGCAAGAACAGCCAGAUUUUUCUCUGGGACCCAGCCACCGGCAAUCAGAUUGGUCGGGUGCUCACAGGCCACUCCAAAUGGAUCACGUGUCUGUGCUGGGAACCGCUCCACAUAAACCCGGAAUGCCGCUACCUGGCAAGUGCCUCCAAGGAUGGCAGCAUCCGCAUCUGGGACACGCUGAUGGGCAGGUGUGACAAAAUCCUCACAAGCCACACACAGUCAGUGACGUGUGUGAAGUGGGGGGGUGAUGGCUUGCUCUACUCCUCUUCCCAGGACAGGACCAUCAAAGUCUGGAGAAGCCUGGACGGCGUCCUGUGCCGCACCUUGCAGGGCCACGCUCACUGGGUGAACACCAUGGCCCUUAGCACAGACUACGUUCUCCGCACCGGUGCCUUCGAACCUGCUGAAGCCACCAUCAACCCACAGGAUGUAAGCGGCUCCUUGGCACAGCUGAAGGACAAGGCUCAGCAGAGGUAUGAUCAAGUCAGGGGCCAGGAGCCAGAAAGGCUCGUCUCGGGGUCAGAUGACUUCACACUGUUUCUUUGGAGACCAGCAGAAGAUAAGAAGCCACUGGAGAGAAUGACGGGCCACCAGGCAUUGAUUAACCAAGUCCUCUUCUCACCAGACACACGGAUAAUAGCCAGUGCUUCCUUUGACAAGUCCAUAAAGCUCUGGGAUGGUAGGACAGGAAAGUACCUGACGUCGCUGAGAGGGCAUGUCUCGGCUGUGUAUCAGAUCGCCUGGUCAGCUGACAGCCGCUUGCUCGUGAGUGGGAGCAGUGACAGCACGCUGAAGGUCUGGGAUGCCAAGACGAAGAAACUGGCCAUCGAUCUUCCUGGUCAUGCGGAUGAGGUGUAUGCAACAGAUUGGAGCCCAGACGGACAGAGGGUGGCGAGUGGAGGGAAGGAUAAGUGCUUGCGGAUAUGGCGUCGAUAGGAGCAGUGACACAAAGCUACCGGUCCCAUCCUAAGGUGGCCUACCCUCAGCACAAUCUUGUCUUGGAGAUCUGCAAGGGGAUGGAUGACAGAGGCUGACCCAAGCAUGAUUCCUUGUUCCUGUUGGCUGCCCACCCUCGUGGACUCUUUCCUUACAUUUAUUUAAGGAAAUUUUAAUUCUAGUUCUUAUUAAGAGCUGUGCUUUGCAGGAUGACUUUCUCUGAACAUUACAGCAGGGUUAUCUCAUCUGCCACCAUCUCAGCUGGCUUUUUAUUGGCAUUUCAGCCUUACAGUAGCCUCCUGCCUUGAAAGGGGCAAGCAAAGCGUGGAGACAGCUCAUGCCCUUUCCUGCUCUGUGAAGAACCCUGCAGAGAAGAGGCUUUUAGUGGGAACAGAAAGGGUUGUCCUUGUGUGACCUUCGGAGAGAGAAAGAGGAAGGGGGAAAUUCGGCACAACAUUACAUUGCAAAAUUGUGUUCGGCUGCAUGCCUGGGACAAAGAUCUGCUGAGAAUAAGAUCUUAGGCUUCUCGUUAUUCCAGUAAAGUUUUGCCUUUUUAUUUCCCUGUGGGCUGUGCUGAGCAUUACCUGUUAGUAAUGUUCCGCAUUCACAGCAGAUAACUCAUUCACUCAUCUGGUCAGGGUGCAACAGGACUUCAAAGGACCGUGAGAGCUGCGUGGAGUUUUCAGGUCUCAAUGGGUCUUGGAAAUGGGGAAAUGAGGCACUUGUGUCUCUGGACAAGAGCGCCUGUUUCCCAUUCACUGCUGGCUCAGGGGGAAGGAAGGAAGGGGUGGGGAAGGAGAAGAACAGAACAGGCGUUUUGGGUGGUGUUUGUCCCUUGCCCUGGAUACGUGCUGAGAGCAGGGCUGGGACUGUCACAAAUGGCAAAACUUCCAUUGCAGAGAGUUGGAUCCUGGUGGAAUUUCUCAAGUGCAUUUACUUGCCCAGUGGGUGAGAGGGAUUCACACUGUCAGUUACAUAUUUAUAAGCUUGCUUAUGAGCCUUUUUAAAAGUCAAUUAAGGCUUCCAACAGUCAUGAGAUGAAUACACAUGAAUUUAGUGUUAAUUUCCAGGAUGUGUAAUGAAACAGUGAAAAUCAAGAUGCAAUUAUUAAGGAGGAGAAAUUAUAUUGUCAGAUUUAGUUGCAGCAAGUUAGCAUGAAGACCAAAACAUUCUCUGUAGGCCUCAUACUGCAGUUGCUACAUGGUGGUUACUACAACUCAGAACAGGAGUUUGGGUCUCAGAUGCUUCCCAGCUGCAGAUGAUGCAUUUUAGGACUUUAUUCUUACUGGCAGGAUUGCUUCAGAGAAUUAGAAAAAGGUGGUGGAGUAAUAGCCAUUUGCUCAUCUCCAAGUGUUCAGGUGAGCAAAAGACUGGAACAAAGGGUUCAGUCUUUAAUAUGGCUGAGAAGACAAGCUGAAGUUCCUGUUGUUAGUAUCUCGUUCUGCCAGCUGACUCAGCAGGCUCUAUCUUCGUGAGAUCUUUUGGGAAGAACUCAAUAUCCUGUACCUCCUCUUCAUUAAUGUGCUUCUCCCAGCUGGUUCUUGCUGACAGUGAAGGCCAUGUUGCGUCCAUCUGCAUAAACAAAACCUUUUGUAAUUCACUACAGUAAAUGUUGUGCGACGGUGAUUUAAAACUGUAGCCGUUAAUUCUGCCUCCCCAGACUGCCAUGCCCUUGGGAGGAGAGGAGCACAUGUGCAGCUGACAGACCUCUGGUAACAGCCAAGAACUCUGCCAGUUUAGGAGUGUUUUGGGCUGCCUGUGCUAAAGGAAAUAACCCACUCUCAGGAGUUCAGCUCUGUGUCCCCAGGUUUGGCUUGCUGAAAGCAGCAGCUUCUGCAGCUCCUGGUAGACUGUGGCUCUUUCCAAGGGAAGAAGCAUCGUUCUCUGUUUCCACUCCCAAAGUGCUGUGUGAGGUCACUGUGCACUGUUAAUCCACGGUGCAUCUUUGUUGUAGAAGCGUGUUGUAUUUGAACUGGGGGAAGUGACCCUCCCUGUGGGACUGGUUUGGCUGUGCGAGUGUGUUUAUGAACCUGAAGACCACUUCCUUGUCCUCUGAUUUCCAGCCAAAGCAAUCGCUGUGCCCUCUGGAUGUUCUCCUAGGCUAGCUCCUGCCAUUCCUUCAGACUCUCCUUCUUUAAUAUUAAGCACCAAACAGAGCCUGAUUAAAACCCACCUUCCUAAUGCUGAAGCAAAAAGCUUUUCCAAAGCUAAGUGUGACCUCUUGAAGAAA